AUGGAGGCAUCCGAGCCGGUAGUCGCAGCUCGGGAGGAAGAGGCGUCCUGCUCUUCCUGGGUGGCCGGCAGUACCAAUACAAAUUUGCCCAUCAUGUCAGCAGAAUCUGUGGAGAUUGAUGAUGCAUUAUACAGUCGACAGAGGUACGUUCUUGGAGACACAGCAAUGCAGAAGAUGGCCAAGUCCCAUGUUUUCUUAAGUGGUAUGGGUGGUCUUGGUUUGGAAAUUGCAAAGAAUCUUGUUCUUGCAGGAGUUAAGGCACUUACCAUUCAUGAUACAGAAAAAUGCCAAGCAUGGGAUCUAGGAGCCAACUUCUUUCUCUGUGAAGAUGAUGUUGUCAAUAUGAGAAACAGUGUCCAGUGUGUAAUAUUGACUGAGAUCAAACUUCCGUUGCAGAAGAAGAUCAAUAACUUUUGCCGUUCUCGGUGCCCUCCAAUUAAGUUUAUCAGUGCAGAUGUACAUGGAAUUUGGUCACGGUUGUUUUGUGAUUUUGGUGAUGAAUUUGAAGUUUCAGAUGCAACAGGAGAAGAGCCAAAAGAAAUUUUCAUUUCAAAUAUAACGCAAGGUAAUCCUGGUAUUGUCACCUGCCUUGAAAAUCAUCCUCACAAACUUGAGACAGGACAGUUUUUAAUGUUUCGAGAAAUUAAUGGAAUGACAGGGUUAAAUGGAUCGACACAACAAAUAACUGUGGUAUCACCAUUUUCUUUUAGCAUUGGUGAUACUACAGAACUGGAUCCUUAUUUACAUGGAGGCAUAGCUGUCCAAGUUAAGACUCCUAAAACAUUUUGCUUUGAACCAUUGGAGAGGCAGAUAAAACAUCCAAAGUGCCUUAUUGUGGAUUUUGGCAAACCUGAGGCACCUUUACAGAUUCACACAGCUAUGCUUGCCUUGGACCAGUUCCAGGAGAGCUAUAGUCGCAAGCCAAAUAUUGGGUGCCAGCAAGAUUCAGAAGAACUCUUGAAACUAGCAACGUCUAUAAGUGAAACCCUAGAAGAGAAGCCGGAAGUAAAUGCUGACAUUGUGCAUUGGCUCUCUUGGACUGCUCAAGGUUUUUUACCCCCACUUGCUGCAGCAGUAGGAGGUGUUGCUAGCCAAGAAGUAUUGAAAGCCGUGACAGGAAAGUUUUCUCCUUUGUGCCAGUGGUUGUACAUUGAAGCAGCAGAUAUUGUCCAAUCCCUAGACAAACCUGAACGUGAAGAAUUUCUCCCACGAGGAGAUAGAUAUGAUGCCCUACGAGCUUGCAUUGGAGACACUUUGUGUCAGAAGCUACAAAAGUUGAAUAUCUUCUUGGUAGGAUGUGGAGCCAUAGGCUGUGAAAUGUUAAAAAAUUUUGCUUUACUUGGUGUUGGCACAGGCAAAGAAAAAGGAAUGGUUACAGUUACAGAUCCUGACUUGAUAGAAAAAUCCAACUUGAAUAGACAGUUCCUGUUUCGUCCUCACCACAUACAGAAACCUAAAAGCUAUACUGCUGCUGACGCAACCCUGAAAAUAAAUCCUCAAUUCAAGAUAGAUGCACACUUGAACAAAGUAUGUCCAGCCACUGAGGCUAUUUACAAUGAUGAGUUCUAUACUAAACAAGAUAUAAUUAUUACAGCAUUAGAUAAUGUGGAAGCCAGGAGAUAUGUAGACAGCCGUUGCUUAGCAAAUCUACGGCCCCUCUUAGAUUCUGGAACAAUGGGCACUAAGGGACACACUGAAGUUAUCGUACCUCAUUUAACUGAAUCCUAUAAUAGUCAUCGGGAUCCCCCAGAAGAGGAAAUACCAUUUUGUACUCUAAAGUCCUUUCCAGCUGCUAUUGAACACACUAUACAGUGGGCAAGAGAUAAGUUUGAAAGUUCCUUUUCCCAUAAGCCUUCAUUGUUUAACAAAUUUUGGCAAACCUAUCCAUCUGCAGAAGAAGUCUUACAGAAGAUACAAACUGGACACAGUUUAGAAGGCUGUUUUCAAGUUAUUAAGUUGCUUAGCAGAAGACCUAGAAACUGGUCCCAAUGUGUAGAAUUAGCAAGAUUAAAGUUUGAAAAAUAUUUUAACCAUAAGGCUCUUCAGCUUCUUCACUGCUUUCCUCUAGACACACGAUUAAAAGAUGGCAGUUUGUUUUGGCAAUCACCAAAGAGGCCUCCAUCUCCAAUAAAAUUUGAUUUAAAUGAACCUUUGCACUUCAGUUUUCUUCUGAAUGCUGCAAAACUGUAUGCUGCAGUCUAUUGCAUUCCAUUUACAGAAGAGGACUUAUCAGCAGAUGCCCUCUUGAAUAUUCUUUCUGAAGUAAAGAUUCAAGAAUUCAAACCUUCCAACAAGGUUGUUCAAACAGAUGAGACUGCAAGGAAACCGGAGCAGGUUCCUAUUAGCAGUGAAGAUGAGAGGAACGCUAUUUUCCAGCUAGAGAAGGCUAUUUCAUCUAAUAAAGCCACCACAAGUGACCUUCAGAUGGCAGUGCUUUCAUUUGAGAAAGAUGAUGAUCACAAUGGACACAUAGAUUUCAUCACAGCUGCAUCAAAUCUUCGUGCCAAAAUGUAUAACAUUGAACCAGCUGACCGUUUCAAAACAAAGCGCAUAGCUGGUAAAAUUAUACCUGCUAUAGCAACAUCCACUGCUGCAGUUUCUGGCCUGGUUGCAUUGGAGAUGAUCAAAGUAGCUGGUGACUAUCCGUUUGAAGCUUACAAAAAUUGUUUCCUUAACUUAGCCAUUCCAAUUAUAGUGUUUACAGAGACAUCUGAAGUAAGAAGAACUGAAAUCAGAAAUGGAAUAUCAUUUACAAUUUGGGACAGAUGGACUGUACAUGGAAAAGAAGACUUCACCCUCUUGGAUUUCAUAAAUGCAGUCAAAGAGAAGUACGGAAUUGAACCAACGAUGGUGGUGCAGGGAGUCAAAAUGCUUUAUGUCCCUGUAAUGCCUGGUCAUGCAAAAAGAUUGAAGUUAACAAUGCAUAAACUUGUGAAACCUUCUACUGAAAAGAAAUAUGUAGAUCUUACUGUGUCAUUUGCUCCAGACACUGAUGGAGAUGAAGAUUUGCCUGGACCUCCAGUGAGAUACUACUUUAGUCAUGACACUGAUUAA